GAUCCGCAAGCAGAUCAAGCUGCUGCUCCUGCUGGUGCUGCUCACCUGCGCCGCGUGGCUCACGUACGUGCACCUGAGCCUGGCGCGCCAGGGCCGCGCGCUGCGCCAGCGGCUGGGCUACGGGCGAGAUGGUGAGAAGCUGAGCGGCGUGACAGACGACCGGGGCGUCCAGGCCGCGCUGUCCACGCAGAGGGCUGAGGACUCCAGCGAGAGUCGUGAGGAAGAGCAGGCGCCCGAAGGUUGGGACCCCAACAUGCUGUUUCCUGGGGGCGCUGGAAGGCCGCUCCCCCUGAACCUCACGCACCAGGCGCCACCGUGGCGGGAGGAGUACCAGGGGCAGGUGAACCUGCACGUGUUUGAGGACUGGUGUGGGGGCGCCGUGGGCCACCUGCGGAGGAACCUGCACUUCCCGCUCUUCCCUCACACUCGUACCACCGUGAAGAAGUUGGCCGUGUCCCCCAAGUGGAAGAACUACGGACUCCGGAUUUUCGGCUUCAUCCACCCGGCAAGAGAUGGAGACAUCCAGUUCUCUGUGGCUUCGGAUGACAACUCUGAGUUCUGGCUGAGCCCAAACGAGAGCCCGGCAGGCGCCCAGCUAGUGGCCUUUGUGGGCAAGACUGGCUCAGAGUGGACAGCACCUGGAGAAUUCACCAAGUUCAGCUCCCAGGUGUCCAAGCCCAGGCGGCUCAUGGCCUCCCGGAGGUACUACUUUGAGCUGCUGCACAAGCAGGACGACCGAGGCUCCGACCACGUGGAAGUGGGCUGGAGAGCCUUCUUGCCGGGCCUGAAGUUCGAGGUCAUAGGCUCCGCUCACAUCUCCCUGUACGCAGACGAGUCGGCCCUGAAGAUGGACCACGUGGCCCACGUCCCCCAGUCUCCAGCCAGCCACGUGGGGGGGCGCCCGCCACAGGAGGAGCCCAAAGCCGACAUGCUGCGGCCCGACCCCCGAGACACCUUCUUCCUCACUCCUCGGGUCGAGCCUUCGAGUCUGGAGAAUGUGCUGCAGCCCUGCGCCUACGCACCUACCUACGUGGUCAAGGACUUUCCCAUCGCCAGAUACCAGGGACUGCAGUUUGUGUACCUGUCCUUCGUUUACCCCAAUGACCACACGCGCCUCACUCACAUGGAGACGGACAACAAGUGUUUCUACCGCGAGUCGCCGCUGUACCUGGAAAGGUUUGGGUUCUACAAAUACAUGAAGGUGGACCGCGAGGAAGGGGAUGAAGACGAAGCGGAGGAGGUGCAGCGCCGAGCCUUCCUCUUCCUCAACCCCGACGACUUCCUGGACGACGAGGACGACGGGGAGCCGCUCGAUGGUCUGGAGCCCACCGAGGCGCCCCCGCAGCAGAGCGGCCGCCGAGUCCCCGUCCCGGGGACCCCCGCCCAAGCCCUGGAGACCCCCACCCCGUCCCCGGGGACCCCCGCCCGGCCCGGAGCCACCCCCGCCCCGCCAGCGCCUCCCAGUGCCCAGGACGAGCCGGCCCCCAGGCACUCCCGGGCGCUGAGCUGGGUCGUCCGCCCCCUGCCCCUCCUCUUGGGCCGCGCCCCACACCCCCGCACCCCUGCCCAGCAGCCGCCCCCGAAGGUGUAUGUGACGCGGGUGCGGCCGGGACUGCGGGCGCCCCCGGGCCUGGCGCGGCUCGGCCCACGCGGCCCGCCCUGGCCGCCCUUCCGCGGCAUCUUCCUGCGUGCCAGACCUCUGCCCAGGGUGCAGCUGCGGGCGCCCCCACACCCGCCUAGGUCUCGAGGCCGCAGGACCGGUGGCCCCCAGGCUACAGAGCUGAGGCCCCCGGCCCGGGUGCAGGCCGCCCAGGGAAGCCGCGAGGGCCAGGCACGCGCGCCGGGACUCGCGGCACCCACGGCGGACUCGAACUCCUCGUCGGAAGCGCGGCCUGUGACCUCCUUCCUGAGCUUGUCCCAGGUAUCCAGGCCGCAGCUGCCUGGGGAGGAGGAGGAGGAAGGGGACGAUGACGGGGCCCCGGGCGACGAGGCGGCGUCAGAGGACAGCGAGGAGGCAGCCGGCCCGGCGCCCAGCCGCUGGCGCGAGGACGCCAUCGACUGGCAGCGCACGUUCAGCGUGGGCGCCGUGGACUUCGAGCUGCUGCGCUCGGACUGGAACGACCUGCGCUGCAACGUGUCUGGGAACCUGCAGCUGCCCGAGGCCGAGGCCGUGGACGUGGUGGCUCAGUACAUGGAGCGGCUCAACACGCGCCACGGCGGGCGCUUCGCGCUCCUGCGCAUCGUGAACGUGGAGAAGCGCCGCGACUCUGCGCGCGGGAGUCGCUUCCUCCUGGAGCUGGAGCUGCAGGAGCGCGGGGGCGGCCGCCGGCGGCUGUCGGAGUACGUCUUCCUGCGGCUGCCGGGGGCGCGCACUGGGGACGCAGAAAGCCCGGAGCCUGCUCCCGCCGCCUCCGCGCGCCCCGACGGCCGCCCGGAGCUCUGCCGGCCGCUGCGCCUGGCCUGGCGCCAGGAUGUGAUGGUACACUUCAUCGUGCCAGUGAAGAACCAGGCGCGCUGGGUGGCACAGUUCCUGGCGGACAUGGCCGCGCUGCACGCCCGCACCGGGGACUCUCACUUCAGCGUCAUCCUGGUGGACUUUGAGAGCGAGGACAUGGAUGUGGAGCGGGCCCUGCGCGCGGCGCGGCUCCCCCGGUACCAGUACCUGAGGCGAACCGGAAACUUUGAGCGCUCCGCGGGGCUGCAGGCUGGAGUGGACGCGGUGGAGGAUGCCAGCAGCAUCGUUUUCCUCUGCGACCUGCACAUCCACUUCCCCCCCAACAUCCUGGAUGGUAUCCGCAAGCACUGUGUGGAGGGCAAGCUGGCCUUUGCACCUGUGGUCAUGCGCCUGGGCUGCGGGAGCUCGCCGGGGGACCCGCACGGGUACUGGGAGGUGAACGGCUUCGGCCUCUUUGGGAUUUACAAGUCGGACUUUGACCGCGUCGGAGGCAUGAACACUGAGGAGUUCCGGGACCAGUGGGGAGGCGAGGACUGGGAGCUCCUGGACAGGGUCCUGCAGGCAGGGCUGGAGGUGGAGCGGCUCCGACUACGGCACUUCUACCACCACUACCACUCCAAGCGGGGCAUGUGGGGCGCACGCAGCCGGAAGGGCUCCCGCAGGGAGGGAGCCUGAAAACGAGGCCACCCCUCCCAGCCCUGACCGCAGUCCUGCGGUGGCCGCUGGAGGCCGGGGCCUGAGCCGGGGCCCUGGGGACAGCGGGGCUCAUCACAGGGCACAGCCACCACCCGUGCCUGCCCAUCUCUGGCCACCGAGGCCCCCCCGUGCCCUCCCCAGAGAGGCGCCUUCAUGGCGGGUCGGGGUCGGGCGUGGUCCCCACACUCCGUGCGAUGAUUUCUGUGAAAUUUUGCUGUAGCGAUGACGUUGUUUUCAGGAUUUCCGAGAGUUCUGUCUGUUCCGUUUUUUAUUCAGAAUGAAAUGAAAUAUUUUUUUUAGUUCUGA